UGACUUGCUCAGGAAGCACCACCUCUCUCGGCUCACACAGGAGGAAGCUGUACCAGCACCACCCCCUUGUCUCUUGGCUUCCCCUCCUCUCUCUCCCCGGUGCCUGGCUGUCAGGCUCACACAGAGAAGGAGUGAGGGAGGCAGCGGCUGAGUGAGUGCCCGCUGGACGCCCAGGCUGAGCAGAGGUGCCCUGAGAGAGUACCUGCAACAGUAUCAGCCGCAUCACCAUCAGCAGCAGCAGCAUCAUGGCAGAGCAGAAUGAUUCUCCAGUGCACAGCCAGCUCCCAGCACAGCCCAUCGGAUGGCCAAUCUGCAGGGACAGCUAUGAGCUCCAGGAGGUUAUUGGUAGCGGUGCCACAGCUGUAGUUCAGGCAGCGUUAUGCAAACCCAGACAGGAACGAGUUGCCAUAAAGCGAAUCAACUUAGAAAAAUGCCAGACGAGUAUGGACGAGCUACUUAAAGAAAUUCAAGCCAUGAGCCAGUGCAGCCACCCCAAUGUUGUUACAUAUUAUACUUCAUUUGUGGUGAAAGAAGAACUCUGGUUGGUGAUGAAAUUAUUAAGUGGAGGUUCCAUGUUAGAUAUUAUUAAACAUGUUGUCAGCAGAGGAGAACAUAAGAACGGAGUUCUUGACGAAUCAAUAAUCGCAACGAUACUUAAAGAAGUAUUGGAAGGAUUAGAUUAUCUUCACAGAAAUGGGCAGAUUCAUAGAGAUUUAAAAGCUGGUAACAUCCUAUUGGGAGAAGAUGGAUCGAUACAAAUAGCAGAUUUUGGUGUUAGUUCAUUUUUAGCAACAGGAGGGGAUGUCACGAGGAAUAAAGUCAGAAAAACAUUUGUGGGCACCCCGUGCUGGAUGGCUCCUGAAGUCAUGGAACAGGUUAGGGGAUAUGACUUCAAGGCUGAUAUAUGGAGUUUUGGCAUAACUGCUAUAGAAUUAGCAACGGGUGCAGCUCCAUAUCAUAAGUACCCUCCAAUGAAGGUCUUAAUGUUGACUUUGCAAAAUGACCCUCCCACGCUAGAAACUGGAAUAGAAGAUAAAGAAAUGAUGAGGAAAUAUGGAAAAUCAUUUAGAAAGCUAAUUUCUCUCUGUCUCCAAAAAGAUCCAUCGAAGAGGCCAACAGCUGCUGAACUACUAAAAUGUAAAUUCUUCCAAAAAGCUAAGAAUAGAGAGUAUUUAAUUGAAAAACUUCUCACCAAAACACCAAAUGUUGCCCAAAGAGGAAAGAAGGCUGAGCAGAAUCCUGGGAAAGAAAGCUUCAUGCCAGGUUCUGAAAAUGAGCAAGAUGGCAACAGAAGGGUCAGGAGAGUACCUGGCUCAAGUGGUCACCUGCAUAAAACAGAAGAUGGAGAUUGGGAAUGGAGUGAUGAUGAACUAGAUGAAAAGAGUGGAGACUUUAAAGAUUCAUUUUCCAAGUCCAGAAGAAUCAAUGAUGACAUUGACAAUGCAGAGAAUUCCACAGAUAGCAAUAUGCAAACACGAUUGCAAAAUAUGGCUCUACAGGAUACUCAGGCACAAUCAAAUGAAAGCCAUCAAGAAAACAGGUUUUCAACUGCAAUUAACCUCGUUCUCAGAUUGAGGAACUCAAGAAAAGAACUCAAUGACAUACGAUUUGAGUUUACUUCAGGCAGGGACACAGCAGAUGGAGUUUCUCAGGAGCUGUUCUCAGCAGGCCUUGUGGACGGUCAUGAUGUAGUUAUAGUUGCUGCUAAUUUGCAGAAGAUGAUAGAUGACCCAAUAACAUAUAAAACAUUAACCUUUAAACUGGCGUCUGGUUGUGAUGGAACGGAGAUUCCCGAUGAAAUCAAAUUGAUUGGGUUCGCUCAGCUGAGCAUUACCUGAUUAAUUGCACUUUGGCGUCCCUCUAUGAACACAAUCCACGGAGACCAUCUUAGACAACGGAAAAGGGAUAAUAUUAGCACCAUACAAGAUUUGCUUCAGAUCUAGAAAUUCACCAUGUUGGUACAAGUUGAAAUUAAAACUUUAAUACCUGCUGCUACCAAGAAAAAGAGAAUACGGAAAAAGGCUACUACGUGUCACCUGUAAAUCAAUUUGGAAAUCUCCCCAUUUGAAAUAAUUAUACAAAAAUGCACUUAACAAUAUCCAUAUUUAUUGUUUACAUGCAAUAGAUAUAUUUGUCUGAAUUUUU